AUGAGCUUCACCUCCGACCUGUCGUGGAAGGAGGCCCCGGGCCCUGACCUGACGCCGUGCGUCCGCCGGACCAUCGAGCGGACGGGCCGGCUCGGUCGCCUGUUCGCCAUCCGCUGGUGCCAGACGCAGGACGCGGGGCUCGCCGAGCAGCUCGAGCUGGGCGUCAGCUCUGUAGCCGGCGUGUCCUUCGUGCUGCCGAGAUCAUCAGGACGGCAUGGUGCAGGCAGUAGCAGGGAUAUCGACCUCGAAGCUCGAGCAAUCGGUCUUGGCUCGCACGACAGCUUCACCUCCGACCUGUCGUGGAAGGAGGCCCCGGGCCCUGACCUGACGCCGUGCGUCCGCCGGACCAUCGAGCGGACGGGCCGGCUCGGUCGCCUGUUCGCCAUCCGCUGGUGCCAGACGCAGGACGCGGGGCUCGCCGAGCAGCUCGAGCUGGGCGUCAGGUGCGAAUUCCUUGGGUUUUCGGAGUUAACGACGGGGAGAUGA